CCACAAAGACUACAAUCUCAUCUCCAACUCACCCGGCUUAUCUCAAAUCGCCCUGUCUUAUUUCCUACUCAUUUUUUUCAUUCACUCAUCCCAUUCCCCCUCCAGCAGCAGCAUCCAUGGCAGCAGCAGCAGCAGCAACAACGACGACAGCGACCACCACCACCACCACCACCACCACCCCCCAGCAACCGGCGCCGAAGAUGCCGCCCCCGGCCUUCGACCUCACCUACCCGCCCUCCCUCGAGCCCUACAACACGCCCGCGCACGCCUGGCUCGCCGCCAACGCCAAGUCGUGGGACGGCCUCGCGACGAGCGCCCUCGUCUUCGACCGCCGCGGCCGCGUCCUCCUGGUCCAGCGCGCCGCGCACGACAGCAUGCCGCUGCGCUGGGAGACCCCCGGCGGCCGCGCCGACGACGACGACGCGAGUCUGCUGGUCGCCUGCGCGCGCGAGCUCUGGGAGGAGGCCGGGCUCGAGGCCGUCGAGGUCGUGCGCGUCGUCAGCGAGGGCGCCGCGAGGGAGCCCGGCAGCCUCUUCACGAACCGCACGGGGACGGCCGUGUAUUGCCGCUUCGCGUUCGAGGUCCGGGUGAGAGAGACCGGGGACGGGGCCGUGGACGGGGACGGAGACGAGCUGGAGGUGAGGAUCGACCCGGAUGAGCACGCCGACUACGUCUGGGCUUCGGAGGAGGAGGUCCGGAGAGAAAGGGUCGGGGACAAGGAGAUCCCGAUCACGAACGGGCAGAUGGCGAGGCUGAUUCUUGACGGGUUCUGGAGGAGGAGGGAGGAGCCUGUAGAAGACAAGAGGGAGGUCGUCCAAGGGUAAG